AUGGGGCUGUAUAACUGCCCGAAGUUGAAAGAGUUGCCCUCUUUGCCUACUGAGCUCAAGAGCUUGAGGAUAUAUAGAACUGGGUGGACGACUUUGAAUUUUCGUAGCAAUUCAAAUCCUAUUCCCCUUGAAACAUUAUAUGUCUAUAACUGUCCAAACAUUACAUCUCUUCAUCUGGCUGAUGAAAUAGCAAGACUUGAAGCACUAAGAGAGUUGACAAUUAGAGAUUGCCCCAAUCUGAUCUCUCUCGGAGAAAUGCAAACCAGUAAUAAUUGCCAUCUCAUACUCAACAAUCUCUGGAUAAGUGAUCCAUUGGUGUUGCUAAUGGAGCCAUUGAGAAGUAUCGCCUCCUUAAAAAAGCUGACUAUUGAGUUUAGUUUUGGGUUUUCAUUUCCAAAUGAGGCGGAGCAGUUGUUUCUGAAAGUUAGGUCAUCUCUUUGUGAGCUGCAAUUCAAAUUUCUGAAAUCCUUACAGUUUCUCCCUUCCUCCUUGGAAAGCUUAUCUUCACUUCAGAAACUAUAUAUUAAGGACGUUCCUAUGCUUUGGGAAUUACCGCACCUUCCUUCCUCUUUAGAAUAUCUACAAAUUAAUGAAGUUCCUAUGCUUCGGGAAUUACCGCACCUUCCUUCCUCUUUAGAAUAUCUACAAAUUAAUGAUGCGCCUAUGCUUCGGAAAUUACCGCACCUUCCUUCCUCUUUAGAAUAUCUACAAAUUAAUGAUGUUCCUAUGCUUCGGGAAUUACCGAACCUUCCUCCCUCUUUGACAGUUCUAAAUAUUUCUAAAGUUCCUAUGCUUCCGGAAUUACCGAACCUUCCUCCCUCUUUGACAGUUCUAAAUAUUUCUAAAGUUCCUAUGCUUCGGGAAUUACCGGACCUUCCUUCCUCUUUGACUGUUCUAAAUAUUUAUAAUGUUCCUAUGCUUCGGGAAUUACCGAACCUUCCUCCCUCUUUGGAACGUCUAAGAAUAAAUGGGAAAUGUCAUCCAGAGUUAAAGGAGCGCUAUCGAGAGGAUGGAGGCUCCGAUAGGCACAAGAUUGCUCACAUUCCUCAUAUCUAUAUUGAUCCCGAACAAUGGGUACAA